AUGGCCCGAAAAGUUCGCACAACAUUUGUCGUGGUGGUGGCCACCUUCGUCUUCUUGGCUUCAAUCUAUCAUCAUCUCAUCCGCGAUCACCACCCAAUAAUCUCCUCUCCAGAACCACUAAUCUAUCCCCAAACCACCUCCAAUUACGCAAUCUCAGAAGACCAACAACCAGAAUUACAAUCAGAAUCCGAACCAGAACCAGAAUCAGAACAAGAACCAGAACCAGAACCAGCCACUCACCAGGUCAGCCGCCACGUCCCCGCCGUCUCGAUUCUCCUUCCAUCUUGGGAAGUCCUCGUCAUAGUCUCGCCGGAAAUUCCGCCGCCUUCCGGCCACCACUGCACCUGCCUCUUCCACGACACCGAUUCCUCUCCGGCCAAACCUUCCGGGACUCUACCCUUUCCCAAUCGAACCACGUUUAUAUGCGAAUUCCCGGCGAGUCUGCGCCGUCAAUUCCCUUUCGUCCAGCCUAUCCUGACCACAAAAUCUCUCGAGAAUCCACCGGAGAGAGCAACUCCGGCGCCGGAAUUACUCCGGUGGAACUUCCUCGUCUACCAAUCGCUAUCCACCGAGAACGACGUCGUUGUCUUCGUCAAAGGCAUCAACAAUCGCCAAGGGAUUAACCGAUCGCCGAACCAGCUCCGAUGCGUCUUCGGCGACGACCUAAUUAACGGCGUCAAAACCUCCGUUACUUCCUCCAUGCAAGAGGUGUUCCGGUGCCAACCCCCACCGGAAGAACUAACGGCCGUUUCGCCAAUCAAAAUCUCGCUCGAAAUUUCGGAUCCAAAAAAACGUGCCGUACUUGUCCCCUCCGUGGCGUACUACACUCCCCCGCGCAAGAUAGCCAUUCAGCAGCAAAAAUCUCUAAUAUGCGCAUGCACCAUGGUGUACAACAUAGCAAAGUUCUUAAAAGAGUGGGUGGUGUACCACUCGGAGAUUGGGAUUGAGAGAUUCAUAUUAUACGAUAACGACAGUGACGAUGAAUUGGAGAAAAUCGUUGAAGAAGUCAUUCAACUCGGCUAUAAUGUGAGCACGUUGUUUUGGCCUUGGCCUAAGACUCAAGAAGCUGGGUUCUCUCACUGUGCUAUAUCGUCCAAUAAAGAUUGCAGAUUUAUGAUUUAUAUCGAUGUGGAUGAGUUCGUUUACUCUCCUUCAUGGCUCAAAUUUUCAAAACCAUCAGAUCAAAUUCUAAAGUCUCUCUUGCCAAAAUCAUCAUCAUCUUCAGUCGGGCAAGUAAUGAUUCCAUGUUUCGAGUUUGGGCCAUCAAAUCAGAAAUCACACCCGAUAAUGGGCGUGACGCAGGGUUAUAACUGUCGGAGAAGAUCUGAUAACAGACACAAAUCGAUAGUGUUGUUGGAUGCGAUCGACGUUUCGUUGCUGAAUGUGGUUCAUCAUUUUCGAUUGAAGAAAGGUUACAGGUCGAAGAAACUGAGAAAAGAAGAUGCGGUCGUGAAUCACUAUAAGUUUCAAGUGUGGGAUGAUUUUAAGACUAAGUUUCGGAGGAGGGUUUCGGCUUACGUGGCGGAUUGGACGCAGAAUGGGAACCUGAGGUCGAAGGAUAGGACGCCGGGGUUAGGGUAUGCGCCGGUGGAGCCAAGAGGGUGGUCGGGGAAGUUCUGCCAGGUUUACGAUGAUCGGUUGAAGGAUUUGACCAAGAGAUGGUUCGGGCUUGAAUCGCCAUCUGGGUAUCAGAUGGCUUGGCAAAGAUGA